AUGGGGUCAACUCAGUUUGGCAAAUUUGAUAACUUUUGUCGUGAUACGACACUGCCGAUAUGCAAUAUAUUCGUGGAUAAUAACCAACCUCCAAACGCAAAGUUUGGUGGAUGCCCCUUGACCGGAAUACCUCUAAGCAAUGGCCGCCAUCUUGCAAAUCUCGGCUCGAUCCUAUUCUGUUUCCUCGCAAUAUUUAUGAGCGCCUUCUUCAUAUGGAGAUCGGAUAGAAAAAAGGCCGCAGUAGGAAGAAGGGAAAUUCAAUUGUUCCUUCUCGGCUAUAUCAUUAUCCAGAUAUGCGAAAUAUUUACUGUCGGCGGUUUCCCGCUAGAUGAUAACGUGCGAAAGGGAUUUACCGCGGUCCACCUUGCGGCCAUAUCCGCGACAACCUGGAUACUUUUUGUCAAUGCUGUCGUCGGGUUUCAAUUUAUUGAUGACGGAACUGCGAUUUCAAUUGGUCUCACUUUGACGUCUGCGGCCGUCCUUUUCGUUGGAACGGGCUAUAUCUCGCUGGACACUUCUUUCAGCUGGACAGGACAUUUUGACCCAAGCCUUUCAGGAGAUAACAAAAAUAUUGGGCUUUACGUCCUAUACCUGUUAUUUCCGUUGAUUUGCCUCGUAGGGUUUUUUGUUCUGGAGUCAAUUCUUGUCAUUAGAGUGCUUGGAGAAAAGCGCCCAAUGGUAUAUCUGUCUGUUGCCGGCCUGCUUUUCGUAAUUGCCCAAAUAUUCAACUUCGUUAUCAGCACUCAUAUUUGCCAGUCGGUAAAUGGCAAAAUCAAUGGCGCUAUGUUCGAGACAUUCUUUACCAUGCUUUCCGUCGCCAUGGUUUGGGUCUUCUGGAGUAGUAUAACGGAAGAUGACUGGCCGAUGCCCUCUGGUGGAAGUGGGGGAUACUCCUGA